UCAAACGAUUCGUUCCAUCUCUGACGUAAACAAACACACUCAGCCGCCAUUACUUUCCACUGUCUUGGAAGUAAGAGCAACUGACACUUCCAGCUUUGAACCUUCGCCUGAUAUAGCUAACUUACCUCGUCUUUGUUACACCAAAAUGAAAGACCCAAGUCGCAUCAACAACACCCCAAGCCUCAGCAACAUCGAAUUUAUCCUACAUGGACAGUUCAUCAAUGAUGACAAUCCCUUUGCUGAAUACAUGUGGAUGGAGAACGAGGAGGAAUUCAACAGACAGAUUGAGGAGGAGCUGUGGGAGGAGGAGUUCAUUGAGCAGUGUUUCCAGGAGAUGUUGGAGGAAGAGGAGAACGAAUGGUUCAUCCCAGCCAGAGAUCUCCCUCCAACCCACGGUCAGCUGCAGGACCAACUCAACCUUCUGGUUCUCAGUGACACAGGCAUCGUCAACGGCAUGGCGGUCAACAGCAACUUGAACCCUGAAGCACAAGAAUUCGUACCGGGGUUGAAGCACUGAGACUAGUCCUCUGAUGAAUAAGUCAUUUGUCCACACUGAAGCCAGUGUAGGAAGAUCUGUUUGAGUUCUGUUACUCUGUUGCACUUAAUGUGUUGCCAAAGUUUUCCAGCUAGCCCUGCAUGUUUAAAGUUUUGAAUAAUGUUGUGUAUAUAAAUCAUAUGUUUGUUGUAACUCUUCUGAAUGUAAAAACAGGGUAGGAGCUGGAAUACUUUUUACUCUUAUUUCCUAUUUGAAUAUUAUAGGCCUAUGUUAUGUAAGUAGUUCUAACAUACCUGCCCCAUCAAAUAAUAAUUUAUGUUCAAUCAAAAUUAGUGGUUCAUCUAAAAAUCAAAAUAUGUGUUUUUCAUUAGAUCUUGGUUUGCAUUAUGAAUUCCUUUUAUUGAAAUGCAGAUUGCUAUGAGAUUAAUAUUAAAUAUCUUAGCCUGGUUUUAUAACUGGAUGUUAUAAGAGAUAGAUGACCUACUUUAUAAUGUACACUACUGUUCAAAAGUUUGGGAUAGCUUAGAAAUGUUCUUGUUUUCGAAAGAAAGGCAAUUUUCCUGUCCA